UCCACAUCUGGAGAAAUAGAUAUCAAUGGGUUGGGUUCAUUCGAUGCGUCAUGUCUAGGUACUUAUUCCUCGUCGAUCUAAGCUAUUAGCAAUUGCGGUUCGAAACAACGUAUAUUUAAAAUUCGGGCACAUACCACUCUCUCCUCACACCUCGCGAGUAACCAGCAUCUUCCCCUUUUUCUUGAGAAUUCUCGGCCUAACAGCACCGUGUUAAAAGUUACAGACCUCAGUUACUAUUUUCCGCGGCCAAAUACAUGUUCCACAUGCAGUCGCAGAGUCCACGGGAAAGGCCUUACCGAUCUCAUUUACGCCCGGCUUGUCUUCCCUGUCGGAAAAGGAAGUCCCGCUGUAAGAUCGAGGCCCAUUCGGCAUCAUGCUUAAUGUGUCAGGUCCAUGGGACUGAGUGCUCCUUUCCGAUCAAGAGGCAGACGAGUUCCACUAAGGGGCACACUACUCAGAGGACUCAUGUUCGAAGAGACACGGUACAGCCUCAAUCCAUUCCAGAUGUUACUGACUACGGCGAUGGGGUAAAUGAACAUUCGACCGCUGUUGAUAAUGAAGUCAACAUCACUGUCAAUGCCGCAUGGGCUAGGAAUGACAUUCCCAGGACAAGUCCCGUUAUUUAUAACUAUCGUCAUGAUACUCAGCCCCAAUCAACCUCCCUAUCAAUUGAAGAAACAGAACAUGAAAGUCAUAUAAUAAGCCCUACAAUGACUGGAGAUAGUCAAGUCCUGGCCGACUACUUAUCUACUACCGCUGGCGACGGUUGCGAUAUACACCAGGUUCGUCCAAGGCGAAUCAAUCUUAGCCGACAAGUCUUUUUCACAGUGGUACAAAAGCGCCCCUUGGGACUUACGAUGAAUGCGAAUCCAUCACACUCGAAGUGUCAAGUCGUUGAAAAGUUACUCGAGCCAUGGACACAGCAAUUAAUUAACCUUUAUUUUCAAAAGGCAAAUAUCUGCUUCCCCCUUUUAAAUGAGGAAUCAUUCCGAAGGCAAUAUUCUACUACCAAAGAGCGAUUAUCCCCAGCUCUCCUUUCCUCUCUCUAUGCGCAUAGUCUAGUCUACUGGAAAUCUGAGCCCCAACUUGCAGAACAAAGGUCUCCGGACGUUCGCUUCAUCUGGAACCUUGCCAGCGAAGCUCUCCAGUCUGAGCUUUUUCUCUCGCCAGGAAUUUCCACUGUUAUUGCAAUAUUAUUAAAUAUUGGAGGCCGACCAACAACUGCCAUAGUAGGUAAUGGUGUUCGACUCGGGAGUGCGGUGUCUCUGGCCUACUCGCUUGGUUUGAAUCAUGACCCCCUUUCCUGGGACAUACCGCAGUCCGAGAAGAUGCUUCGAAUGUAUACAUGGUGGACAAUACUGAUUCACGAUAAAUGGUUAAGCUUAGCUUGCGGCACACCACCGCAUAUUCAAAGGUCCUUCUACGACGUUCCCCAGCCGAAGGUUGAGCAUCAACUUAAUCGAGCAGAUUCACAAAGGCAGCAUGAUGCCAUGGCCGUUUUCGUCGCCCUUUCGGAUCUAACCGAUGUUCUUGAUUACUACCUGCAAUAUCUCUAUCAGGUUAGAAAGGAGGCCAAUAAGCCGAUCGAUAGUCUAGAGCUUCGCCUUAAUAGAUGGGUAGAGAGCCUAGGAGACGAUGUCCGCCAGGUCAUAACUCGUGGCGUUCUUCUUAACAUCCCCGGCGAGCCUAACCUCCGAUUAGGAUAUCUAUCCAUUAAAUUAUUAACUCAUCGCAUUCGAAUGGAAAAUGCUCGAUCUAAGGACGAGAUUAAUAGUGAUAGCUUAGCCAAUCAGUAUAUAAGUAUUCGGAGUACGGCUGAGCAUAUUGUCUUCUUGGUCCAAGAACUCCAACAAGAGCAAUUGCGCGACUUCUGGCUACCUAUGAGCGCCUUUGCUUUUUCAUCAACGGUCUCGAUCCUUUUGCGCUGUGCGCUCGAAACCGAAAAGUCUCCGAACGAACUCUCCAAAAGUAGCUCCAUUAGACUUGCAUGGGAUUUAAUCACAGCAUUGCGUCGUCAUAGAGACAAUUCAGGCUGGGACCUUGGCGAUACCUGCUUAGCGCAACAUGCCGAGGUUGUCGAAAAGCUUGUAGCGCCAACCCAAUCUGAUGAGCAUAGCAUCAAUAACACAGAUUACGAAGAUUUCAUAAUCCCGGACGACGUUUUGGUUGGUGAGAUGUUCGGUGGCUUCUGAUAUGCAUUCAAGGGGACCACAGUCCGACAACUAGUAUAGGUACCUAGUAUAUAUAAUAGGUAGUAGUCACCUAAUUGACCUUGCCAGUGAAAAGGAGUAGC